AUGCAGAGGCAUAACCCUCUUCCACAGGCUGCUGUGCACAGAUUCUUUGAAUUGCCAGCUGUGGUAAAGAAGAGCUUCAAAGAGAACUCACCCCCUGAAGUUGUCAGAUUGGGCACCAGUAGCCCCCAUUCUGAGUUGGUUUUGGAGUGGAAAGAUUAUCUUCAACUUGUGUAUGCCUCAGAGGAAAAAAUCCAUGCACAUUGGCCUGCUAUAUGCAACAAUCCUUGUCCUUGGUUUGUUAAUUAUUUGGUUACUGCAUCUCCCGCACUAAGUGUAAAUUUUAUGAAAACUGCUAAAGGUGCUUAUAAGAAAUUGAAUGUGAAGAAGUUAGAUCAAGCAAGAGAGGACACUUUAAUGGGUACAAUGAUAUUGGGUUUCAAUUACUACCCAGCAUGUCCUGAGCCUGAAGUUGUAUCAGGUGUAGCCCCUCAUUCUGACAUAUCAUCAAUCACUGUCCUUCUGCAAGAUGACAUUGCAGGGCUUUAUGUUAGAGGCAGCGAUGGAGACAGUUGGAUCCAUGUUCCUCCUGUUGAGGGAGCAUUGGUGAUCAAUAUUGGGGAUGUGUUACAGAUAAUGAGCAAUGAAAGAUACAAAAGCAUAGAGCACAGAGUUGUUGCAAAUAAAAGGAAGACCAGAAUCUCCAUUCCAGCAUUUGUCAACCCAGCACCUGAUGCUGUUAUUGGUCCUUUGUCAGAAGUGUUGGAAACUGGCGAUAAACCAAAAUAUAAACAGCUUUUGUACUCUGAUUAUUUCAAGUAUUUCUUCAGCAAGGCUCAUGAUGGAAAGAAAACUAUUGAAUUUGCCAUGAUAUGA